CACUGCGGGAGGAUAUCUGGAAAAACAAGAAGAACAACCCUCAGAGGCACAAACUGCAGAUACAGUUCCUUCUACACCCCAGUCUGUAAGAGGGGUCAAAGUUGAAACCAAGAGACCAAGAGAAAGAAAGAAGAGCCUCUUGCCCUCAAGAAGGGGUCACCGAUGUUCUACAUAUGGCUGUAACCGUACAUUUCUCAACAUGCAGGAUCUUAUACAUCACGUGUCUGUUCACUAUAGACCCACCCAGUCUAUGCAAGAUAAAAAGUUCAUUUGCUCAGUUACUGGGUGUGGUGAAAGGCUAGACAGCAUGCAAGGCCUCAUGAGCCAUCUGAAAGUCCAUUACAAGCCUAACCGCUACUUCAAAUGUGAAAAUUGUAUGCAGCAUUUUCGUACUCAUCGAUCCCUGUUUAAACACCUCCAUGUGUGUUCUGACAACACUGCACGUGCAGCGUCACAAAGUACCACAGCCUUGCCUGCCUCUUCAGAUUCUGAUUCAGCAACCCCAGCAGGACAAGUGAGCCGCCAAACAAGUGUCAUUCAGUGUGUGAAAAAGGACUCUUCUCUUCCAGUUGCUGAUGAUAUACCAACAACAUCUAUGGCGGCAGCAGGGGCUUCAGCGUCAACUGUUGGGGGACACCUUCCUUCUGCGAGCAACUUGGGUUCCCAAACUUCUAAUUCAUUUUCAAACUUUAACCCAAACCUAUUUGCGGGACGGGCACCAGGCCCAUCCCAAACCAGUGCUGCCAGUUCCUAUCUGCCCUACAUGAAUCCAUCAACAUUCAACUUGCCACAGGCCUCCAUUUCUCAGAGACUUAAACCAUUCAUGGGGAACCAAAGCCUACCUGCUUCUAAUGCCAUGUGGAAAAAGAACCAAGGCCAUACAACCAACAGUCGCAUUAUUUGGGAGCAUACGCGAGACAACUACAGGUGUAUGCUAUGUAACUUUUCAACUGCAACUAGAGACCAAAUGAAUAAACACAUUGAGUUGCUUCAUAAGAAUCCUUCCUCAACAAGACUGGAUGAAAUAGAUUAUGACGUGGGUCUUCUUUCUUUCCACUCCAAGCUCCCUGGAGAAAUGGAAUACAAUCUCUAAUCCUAAAUACGACUACUAGCAUCCUGUCUUACAGCCACUGUCUUUGUAUGCAAUGGUCUAGUUAAAAAAGUUAAAAGCUUUUAAAACUGAUACCAAACAAUAAACAUCAGAAUGUAUGCUUUUGUAGAGAAGACCUUAAGACAGCACAUUUAUCAAAAGAGUUAGAUGUUCUUGCAUUGCGACCAUGUGCGGAAAUAAUAAGGCUGUAUGUGGCUCAUUCUUUGCAACGUGAUCUGUAUUUUUUGUUUUUAUUUUUUAAUUACAUUAGCUUACCAAAAAUCUGCAAUUCUACUGUUUUUUUUUUUUUUCCCC